AUGGGAAAUUUUUUAGAACUGAUGAAGUUACGAGCAAAAGAUAAUAAUAUCUUGGAUCGUUACUUUUUACAAAAAGAGAAAUCUUUCAGAUAUGUGACUGGUACACAUACUAAUGAAUUUAUUAGUUUAAUGGCUGCGUUUGUAACAAAAAGCAUAAUCAAGGACAUACAAUUGGCUGGUAUUUAUAGUAURUUAAUUGAUGAAACACAGGAUCUUGCUAGGCACGAACAAGUAUCAUUCAUCAUACGUUAUGUUGAUGGUAAUUUAAACCCCCAUGAAGUUUUCAUAGGAUUUUAUAGAACAGCCAGAACUGAUGGUGAGUGUUUGACUAAUUUAAUAAAAGUAGUGCUCAAUAGUUAUAAUCUUAGAAUUGAAGAUUUAAGAGGUCAAUGUUAUGACGGUGCAGCUUCUAUGAGAGGGUCUUAUAAUGGUGUUCAAGCCAAAAUACGAACUGAAAAUCCAUUAGCAUUUUAUGUUCAUUGCCAUGCACACAWUCUAAAUCUUUGUUUGGUUGAUUUGGCUAAACAAGUUUCAUAUGUGAGAAAUACAUUUGGGACAUUAAAGACUUUGCAUAGCUUUAUUGGUGCCUCUUCUAAAAGAUAUMAAAUAUUUGAGCAAAUACGGACUAAAAUGGGCGAUAAAAUUGGACCAAAAACUUUAAAAAGUUUGAGUGACACGAGAUGGAGUUGUAGGAUAGAUGCAUUAGACUCAGUUGUAUCCAAUUUUACAGUCAUUCUCAAAACUCUAGAAGACAUAUCAGAACAAGAUUCAAUAAAUGGAUCUGAUGCUUCUUCGUUGCUUUUUUCUAUAUCAAACUUUGAAUUUGUGUUCUGCAUAGUUUUUUUAAAUGACGUGAUGCGAGAAACUAAUAUCUUGUCAAAGUAUUUGCAAUCCCCUAAUAUUAAUUAUGCAAAUGUAAAUACAAUGACACUUCAAACAGUAGCUAUUUUAAGUGAGCAUAGAUCAGUUACAGAAUUCGAUAAAACUUGGAACAAAGCUAUGGAAAUAACAAAAAAAAACAAUAUUAGCUCUCCAAAACUUCCCAGAAAAAGAACUAUUCCACUAAAAUUGGGAGGAGAUAUUGUAAUAAAAGAAAUACAAGACAGAUUUAAAGAAAACGAUCUUAAUAUACUACAAGCUAUGAAGGAUGUUAUUAUCAGUGAAAAACCGGAAAAUAAUUCAAUAAAAUUAGUAUGUGAAACAUAUAACUUAGAUUUUAAUGAAGUCACUAUUGAGCUUGCUAUGUUUAAUCGAAUGUUCAAGACAAAGUAUGAUGAGUUUAACAUCGAUAAUAAAAUAKCAUAUUUGUUAUGUGGUGAUAUACAAAUAGGAUUUAYAAACUACACAAAAAUUAUAAAAAUAUUUUUGACUAUACCAACAAAUACUUCCUCUUGUGAAAGAACAUUUUCCUGCUUAAAACGCCUAAAAAGUUACUUAAGAACCAGCAUGGGACAAGAGCGCUUAAGCGGGUUAGCAUUAUUACAAAUUCAAAGAKAAGUGCCAAUAGAUUUUGACAAAGUAAUUGAUGAAUUUGUUUCGAAUGGAGUAGGAGGUAACAGAAAACUCACACUAAAAUAA